AUGUCUUCUACAACACAACCAAGGAUUCUUCUUUUCGGUGCUGGCAGCGUGGGAACAGUGUAUCUGUACCUGCUCAGCAAAUUAGCCUCAACUACUGCGGUCUGCCGCUCGAACUACGAGAUCGUAAGGAAAGACGGCUUCAUCAUAAAUUCUUCGAUUUUUGGUCAGAAUCUACACUUCAAACCCAAUGUAGUUCGGGACUGUGGAGAAGCGGUGUCUCAAUUUUCAGACCCAUUUGACUACAUCAUCGUCUGUAGCAAGGCUAUCCCGGACACGGUACCGAAGCUCAUCGCGCCUGCUGUAACACCUGGACAUACGGCUAUUGUGCUUAUUCAGAAUGGCGUCGGUAUUGAAGAAGAAUAUUCAAAGGCAUAUCCAAACAAUCCGAUCAUUAGCGCUGUCGUUUAUAUGCCCGCUACCCAACGGCCAGCCGGCGUCAUCAAACACGGCGAAGUCGAACAACUCCAAGUCGGAGCUUAUCCCUCAUCCGCAACAAGUGAACAUGCUAAAGCUUUUACGGAACUCAUCACUGCAGCCGGCGGUACAGCAGAAUUCUAUGACGAUGUUCAGCACAAGCGAUGGUUCAAGCUACUUAUCAACGCAUCAUGGAACCCUAUGUGUGCGCUUGCCUUGAGUAAAGAUACGGAUAUGCUUACUGCGUCGGAUGAAGCGAACAGUGUUGUUCUAGCCGUGAUGGUGGAGAUUCGCGAUAUCGCAGCUGCCCACGGAUACGAAAUUACGAUGGAGGAUGUGGACCUCCAGCUUGGACGGGCGCAAGCCAGGAUUCCGAAGAAUGCUGGUAUCGAACCUAGUAUGCUCCAAGAUGUUCAGUCGAAUCGGAGAAUUGAGGUAGAGGCCAUUGUAGGCAACCUGGUCCGAAUGGGUAAAGAGAAGGGUGUGGCAUGUGUACGGCUGGAGAUGCUCUACAUUCUCACAAAGGCCUUGGAUCUUCAGAUCGGACGAAGAACAUGA